CCCAGCCAACUAUUACUCCCAUAUAAGACAAAAAAAAAAAAAUACAAAAAAAAUUGAGACGAAGAAGUUACGCAGGAGCCUAUGAUUCCCAUACUCGUCCCUUCAAUUCAAUCUCGUUUACGCUGAUUAGUUACACUUUCUCCGUCUCCUCAACAUAGAUCAAACACAUAAACCGUUAAGACCUUGAUGUGUUGUUCCCUGGUCCAUAGGAUCUGAUUUUGAUGUAUUCAUUCAUACAAUAGAGGAUAGGAAGCAUUCAUUUCAACAGAGUUGGGGAAAAAUAUCUCAAAUUCCCAUGUCAAUUUCUGAGAAUCAAGCUUCUAUAGCAGCUAGAGAUGUUGAUCCAUUGUUGAAGGAUUUGAAUGAUAAAAAGCAAAGCUUUAGGAGAAACGUGGUGUCUUUAGCUUCAGAGUUGAAGGAGCUAAGAAGUAGAUUGGCUUCAAAAGAACAAUCAUAUGUUAAAGAGACACUAACAAGACAGGAAGCAGAGACAAAUGCCAAGAUCAUGGAAUUGGAAAUUGGUAGGUUGCAGAAGAAUUUGGAAGAAAAAAAUGAGCAGCUUCAUGCUUCAACCUCUUCUGCUGAGAAGCACUUAAAGGAGUUGGAUGAUCUUAGAACGCAGCUUGUAGCAACUAGAGCAACAGCUGAUGCGAGUGCCGCAUCAGCUCAAUCAUCGAAGCUCCAAUGUUUAGAACUUCAAAAAGAAUUAGAUGAGAAAAAUAAUUCACUAAGAGAACAUGAGGAACGCGUCAUUAGACUAGGCGAGCAGCUUGAUAAUUUACAGAAGGAUCUUCAGGCAAGGGAAUCUUCACAAAAGCAAUUGAGAGACGAAGUUUUUAGAAUUGAGCACGACAUUAUGGAGGCUCUUGCAAAAGCCGGAGAGAACAAGGAUUGUGAACUGCGAAAAAUAUUGGAUGAGGUUUCUCCAAGGAAUUUAGAGAAGAUGAAUAAGCUAUUGGUUGUUAAGGAUGGAGAAAUAGUUAAACUUAGGGAUGAAAUUAAGAUCAUGUCUGCUCAAUGGAAGCUCAAGACUAAAGAAUUAGAGUCACAGUUGGAGAAACAGCGGCGCACUGAUCAGGAGCUGAAGAAGAGGGUGUUGAAAUUGGAAUUCUGUCUGCAGGAAGCUCGUUCUCAGACACGCAAACUCCAGAGGAUGGGUGAGCGACGGGACAAAGCCAUUAAAGAACUGAAAGAUCAAUUAGCAGGAAAGCAACCAAGAGCUGUGGCUGCAGAAAACCAAAAUCAAAAUUUUUGGGACACCAAUGGAUUCAAAAUUGUGGUCUCCAUGUCCAUGCUAGUCUUGGUGCUAUUUUCAAAGCGGUGAAACCAUUCCUUUGUCUAUAAGGAGGAUUCUUGUAUAUAGAGGAACCUUAGACCUUCUCUAGUUUAUUGUAGAAGUGUAGAGAAGUUGUAGAAGGCAUUUUGUGCGGUAGAAACGCAGUUUUAGAGAUAAAACUAGCUUUAGCUUAUGUAAUACUAAUAUGUAGAUGCGUCAGGAAUUCAGGAUCAUAAAGCAAUUUUGCUGUGUUCUAUAAAACUACUCCUACAUCUCAGUAGGUAUGCUUAUAUAUUUAAGGACGUUUAUUGCAUCAUUAUUA